AUGUUGAGAAAGUUAUUAUUUUUAUUGGCUGGUAUUCUAAUUUACUACUCCAGAUACAGUUCUGUUGUUGUUGCCGCGGUAGGGUUUGCCAUAAUUGGGUACAUCGUAACAGAUAACCUUAUCCCUAGGGUAGGACCUUCAUUCAUUAAGAUUGGUUUAUUUGGUAAAGAUUUAAGUAAAGUCGGAAAACCUGUAUUACCAGAAUGUAUAGGUGCUGUCUCUGCAACAGUCUAUUUAUUUAUUAUGUUCUUCUAUAUCCCAUUUAUCUUUUAUAGAUAUUUGGUGACAGUAACAUCUGGAGGGGGACAACGUGACGUCGCUGUUGAUCAGUGGCCUAUUGAUGGUCCAAGUUAUUCUGUAUUUCCUCAUAGUAGAUUAUCAGAGUAUUUAAGUAGUACUUUAUGUUUAGAGAGUACGAUAUUAUUAGGGAUCGCCGAUGAUUUAUUUGAUAUUCGUUGGAGACAUAAAUUUUUCCUUCCAGCUGUGGCUGCAAUUCCAUUAUUAGCUGUUUAUUAUAUUGAUUUUGGUGUAACAUCAGUAUUAGUCCCGGGUUUUAUGCAAAAUUGGUUAAGUAAGUGUAUGUUUUUUUUGCAUGAAAAGGGCAUUGUUGAGACUCCAAUAAAUAUUACAAGUAUUGACUUAAAGGGACUAUAUUAUAUGUACAUGGCCUCAAUGGCAAUCUUUUGCCCGAAUUCUAUAAAUAUAUUGGCUGGAAUCAAUGGUUUAGAAGUUGGACAGAGCAUAGUAUUAGGUUUACUUGCAUUGAUUAAUGAUACCCUAUAUAUGACUUUAGGAAGUGAAACUACCAAGAAUUCCCAUAGAUUCUCUAUUGUAUUGAUUAUUCCGUUCUUAGGUGUCUCUAUGGCACUAUUUAAAUGGAAUAAAUGGCCAGCUAAAGUAUUUGUAGGAGACACAUAUUGUUACUUUGCAGGAAUGGUGUUUGCUGUGGUUGGUAUUCAGGGACAUUUUGCAAAGACCAUGUUAUUAUUGUUUGUACCACAAAUUAUUAAUUUCAUUUACUCAGUACCACAAUUAUUCAAUUUGGUAUUUUGUCCCAGACAUAGAUUACCGAAAUUUAAUGAAUCAGAUGGGUUAUUAUAUCCAUCUAGAGCUAACCUUAAAGAAAAUCCACCAAAGACGUUUUUUAUUCCAAUACUUAAAGUAUUGGGAUUUUGUCAUUUAAUCGAUCUUGAGAUUGAUGACAAGACUGGACAAAUCAUUAGUUGUUCAAAUAUGACUAUUAUUAACUUAAUGUUAGUAUGGUUUGGACCAAUGAGGGAGGAUAAACUUUGUAACCUAAUUUUAAGCUGCCAAUUCAUGAUUGGUAUUGCUGCAUUGGUAUUAAGACAUUGUGUUGGUUCCAUUAUUUUCCAGCAUGAUAAUUUAUGGACUAUCAAAUAG